GUCUGCCUUAUCAAAUAAUUUGAGAUAACACGAAGUUCUCCAGGUCACAACUCCUCCAAAUGUUAUUUGGUCAGACAUUACAUAAUGAAGGGAGCCAAGGAGAAUAAUUCACUUGUUGUUUACAGUUUAGUACUGGUAUCCAUUUUCCAUCUUUCAGCAUUUGUUACAUUGACCGUAUACCAGUUUGGAAGGAUACAAGAUUUGGAAAAGCAGACAGGUUUUCAAAAUACAGAAUCGUUCCUUGAAGUCUUACGGAAUACAGUAGAAGGGAAACAUGAGAACCAUAAGCGAUCUCUGGAUCAAAAUAUCAAUGUAAGUUAUGGAAACAAUUUACAACCAAAACAAACACAAACGAUACGUGUGACAUGUCAAGAAACGGCACUAGAAAUUCUCAAACACUUUGCAAUGUAUCUGGACAAUACAAAAGGAACUGCGAGACAUGGGCGACAAACGUCAACAGGGAACGAGAUGGCUAAAAUAUUUGAACAGCUGGCAAACGCAGAGGUUACAUUAUUUGAUAAAUACUGCGCCAAUGAUACCAAACUAUGUAUGCCAGGACCUGACGGAAAACCAGGACAAAAAGGAGAAACUGGGUCUAAAGGUGAUUCUGGCGUUCAAGGUCCCACUGGCUUACCAGGCACAAAAGGAGAUAUAGGAUUGCCAGGAUUGAAGGGAGAUCAAGGUCCGGCAGGUUUGAAUGGUGCAUCAGGACCUCCGGGUCCAAAAGGAGAAUUGGGCCUUCCUGGUCAGCAAGGUCCCGCUGGACGAGACGGUCUUCCUGGACCACCCGGACAAGAUGGCAGCCCUGGACUACCGGGUCCUCCUGGACCGCCAGGACAAGAUGGCAGCCCUGGACCACCUGGUCCUCCUGGACCAUCAGGACAAGAUGGCACCCCUGGACCACCGGGUCCUUCUGGUGCCUCGUCAAACGUGAAGUCAUUUGCUGGACCCAGCUGCUGUGAUGUUUUAGCAAAGCCAACAUUCACGAAUAUAAACCAAUUAGUAAAGGUCACAGAAGGUUCAACAGUGAAAAUCAUAUGUGACGUCAAUGCUUCACCCACUCCUAAGAUCACAUGGUCUCCACCUCCAAUGUCAUUGGGAAGUCGAUAUGACGUGAACGGAACCGUCAUCACCAUUAAAAAUGCGACUACGGCGGAUUCUGCCAUAUUCAAUUGCAUAGCAACAAAUGCACUUGGAUCCGCUAGUAAACAGACUGUUUUAGAGGUAUUCAAGCAUAUUCAAAUAUUGGAAGUUCCUCAAAAUCACACUAUACUCACCGGACUUCCAGUAAAAAUGGAAUGUAAAUUUGGGGGGAAUCCGACACCAACAAUUCGCUGGUACCAUAUAGCAGCAAAUGGUCAAAGGGUACCAGUAACACAAGGCGUGUAUGGUAUACCGGAAGGAUCACAGAUACAGAUUAUAAGUGCCUUAGCAGGGGAUGCCGGGAAAUAUGAAUGUGAAGCCUCAAAUGGCGUAGAGACUUUAUCAAAGUCGGCUUACUUAAUAACUCAAGGCCCUCCAAAAGUUCAAAUGCCAAGUGUUAUCACUGCAGUAGCUGGGGAAACUAAAAUACUUCAUUGCAAUGCUGUAGGAGAGCCGAAACCCACAACCACGUGGUCUCCACCGCCUAACGUUAAUAAUAUAUACGAGAACAAAGACAAAGAUCUUGUCAUGAUCAAUGUAGAGAAGAAGGACCAAGGACCCUAUCAAUGUACUGCUACUAAUGUAUUCGGUACUGAUACGUUCACGGUACUGUUACAAGUAAAAGAAUCACCCGUCGUUAAGAUCAAAACAAAACACAUUGCUGUUGGCAAAUCUACCACCAACUUUGGAAUCGACUGCCAGGCUACAGGGGAAGCACCUUUGAACGUUCAGUGGUAUCACAACGGGGCACCAGUUGUCAGGGACGGUAAACACAUCAUACUUCCGGACAGAACUCUACUGGUCCUGGGUGUAUCGUCACCUAACGACCUUGGGAAUUACAUGUGUGUUGCGUCCAAUAACCUUGGUUCUGCCAAUAGAACAGCUGUAGUAUAUGAAGACAAGGGAACCGUUACUUGUGAUUCCGUGUUUUUACCAUGCGAGCUAAUGUGUGGAGUACAUUGCCCGAACGAUUGUCCAUUGGCGUCAGCACCUGUGUAUGGUACUGGAAGCUAUGAUGUGAGUUCAUCCGUAUGUAGAAGCGGAGUGCAUAGCGGCGUGAUCAAAACACGUGGUGGUGAGGUUAUCUGGGAGAAUGCAGCAGCAUCACCUCCUUAUACAGCUUCCACUAGAAAUGGUAUCUCAAGUUCGGCAUUAAGUACGUCAACAUCCUUGUCUGAAGCUAUUGUUGUUUCCGUUUGAGCUUGGGCUGAUGAUGCAUAGGAUCAAAAUAAACAUAAAAAACGUUA